AGUGAUAAGUACACCCAAAAGCGUCCCUAGGGUUGGUGUUGGUGCGGGGGGACAUAUCUACAUGGGAGACACAUCUUGCCGCUACACUGGACCCGCUCCAAGAAAAGGUAAGUUGUAAAGAAAGUCGACGAUCCCCGCAGGAUGGAUCGGAUCUGCAGACUGGUGAGCAUAAUGGAUUGGAGUCCGAUCCGUUAUACUCAAUCCGCAGAUCUGAUCCAUUCUGCAGGGAUCGUCGGAGGGGGUGUCACCAAGUAUUACCGCACCGGGUGACACCAACCCUAG